AUGGCCGCCUCACCAGCCAAAGUAUAUCGUGGCGUUGUGGUCCACUCCAAAGAUCAAGACAACAUCGACAUCCUCGAUAAUGCGCUGCUCGUUGUGAAUGCAGAGGGCCGUAUUGCAGCUCUGGAAGCAAAUGUAGCUGAUGCGGAUGUACCAGAAGCGCUAAAGCGACUUGGAGUAGAAGAUGCUCCUCUCGUUCAGCUUCAGCGCGGCCAGUUCGUCAUGCCCGGUUUCGUUGACACACACAACCAUGCACCGCAGUGGCUUCACAGAGGACAAGGACAGGGCUUGCAUAUUCUAGAGUGGCUAGAUCAAGUUGCUUUCCACCACGAGUCCAAGUUCCAAGAUCCCAAACACGCUUCGAGAGUCUACGCCGCUGUGGUCAAGGGCAUGCUCCGCCAGGGAGUCACCACAGCCAGCUACUACGGCUCUCGCCAUGGCGAGGCCACAAAGAUUCUCGCUGAUACUUGCCUCCAGAAUGGCCAGAGAGCCCUCAUUGGAAAAUGCAACAUGAGCAGAAACGCCCCAGACACCUACCGCGACGAGAACCCGCAAGAGUCGCUGGAUCUUACAGUGGACUGCAUCAAAUACAUCAAGACUAUUGAUCCGCAAGGCAAGCUUGUUCGCCAUGUCCUAACUCCCCGAUUCGCCAUUUGCUGCGAAGAAGAGCUCCUCACGGGUCUUGGGGAAAUCGCCAAGCAGCAUCCCGAAAUGGCGAUCCAAACACACUUCAACGAGUCCGAGCAGGAGAAGAACUUUACGCUGUCGCUGUUUCCCGAUUUUAACAAUGAGGCCGAUCUAUACGAGAAGUUUGGACUGCUCAAUGACCGUUGCAUUCUGGCACACUGCACCAUCAUGACGCCCUACGAGUCUCAGCGUCUACAGGAGCUCAACUGCGGUGUUGCUCACUGCCCGACAGCUAACAUGACAGUCGGUGGCGGCUUCAUGGCAUCGCCCAUCCGCGACUUUCUCCGCCGCGGUAUGAAGGUCGGUCUGGGUACGGAUUCUGGCGGCGGCUACUCGAGCUCCAUGCUCAACGCCAUGCGCCAUUCCAUGAUUACGUCGUACGCGCGUGACUUCCUCGAUGACAGGAACGGCAGUGCUGCACUCAGCUUCGAGCAGGUCUUUCACAUGGCAACUAUGGGAGGAGCUAAUGUUGUUGGCUGGGGAGAGCAGGUUGGUGAUUUCACGAUUGGCAAGCAGUUUGAUGCCAUGCUCGUCGACGUUGGCGCACACCGCAACGGCGUCAAUGCGCCGCUGGAAGACGAUGACACACUGAGAACUAUGCUAGAAAAGUUCAUCAUGACGGGUGAUGACCGUAACAUUGUCAGUGUUUUUGUGGCUGGGUCCAAGGUGUCUGGACAUUAG